CGCGCCGCCGCCUUCCAGCCUCUUUUGCCCCCGCUGGCGGCCCGUAGCGCGCGCGCGCAAGCGCAAAGGCGGCCCGGCCGCGGCGGGAGAGGAUUCUGGGCCUGCGCAGGUGGCGCGGUUGCUAUGGAGGCGGACGGGACGUACGAGCCGGGCUUCGUGGGGAUCCGCUUCUGCCAGGAGUGCAACAACAUGCUGUACCCCAAGGAAGACAAGGAAAACAGAAUCCUGCUCUAUGCGUGUCGAAACUGCGAUUACCAACAGGAAGCCGACAACAGCUGCAUCUACGUCAAUAAGAUCACCCAUGAAGUGGAUGAAUUGACACAAAUCAUUGCGGACGUUUCCCAGGACCCAACUUUGCCCCGGACAGAGGAUCACCCAUGUCAGAAGUGCGGGCACAAAGAAGCAGUAUUCUUCCAGUCUCACAGCGCAAGGGCUGAGGAUGCCAUGAGGCUGUAUUACGUGUGCACCGCUCCGCACUGCGGCCACCGCUGGACUGAAUAAAGGGGCAGCUGUUUGAGACCUGACAUCACCUCUGGCCCCCAGUUGUCAGAAACAUUUGGGCUCAGUUCCCUUCUUGGAAUAACUUCUGCUCCUAGUUCUGCCCUGGCGUCAUCUAACCGCUGUAUUUUUGUUAAUAAAAAGGUUUUAUUUUUCAAGUCA